CAGCGCCUCAGUUGGAUUUUUGCAACGGGAACGUGCGGGUGCAUGCCUGUGUCGAGAGCGAGAACGAGAAAGAGAAAGAGACCGAGUCAGCUGAUCCAUCCGUUACCGUAUCGUUAAUUUACCGACGCCGCGCGAAAACAGUUUCAAAUGAUAUUCGAAACAAUUUUUUUUUUCUAAAUUUUGCAUGUGCCAAUAAAGAAGAGAAAGUGAAAGUAUUUUUAUUUGUGUGCCAAAUUAGUUGAAAUCAAAAGUUAACAGCAAGAAGCGACAACAAAAUAAGAGAAAAACAAAACCAAAACAAAAACAAAAACAAAAAACAAUUGGCAGAUGGAAAGCAACGCAUUUGGCAGCAGCCAUUUGCCAUCUCAAGCGCUUGUUGUUCUAUCAGAGGCCGCUUCCGGUUUGCAUGAGGCUCUACGUGGACAACGUCCGUUUCCAUCGCGAUUUUUCCCCUUUCAGUUACCUGACGCCAAAGAUCUACACAACAUGUCACUAGUCGGCAACUACUUCCAUCCGCACCUGCUGCAGACCCUCAACCAUGGAAUGCUGGUGGCCAACGGGGCCGCCGCGGCCGCGGCAGCCGCCGGCGGGGGUCCCGCGAGCUACUUCGCCAGCGACAGAUCGCCGCUGGGCAAGCCGUCGGUGCUGUCGAACUUCUCGCUGCCGUCGGCCUUCUCGCCCCCCAAAUACAUUGGCAUAUCGUUGGAUCAGCAGAAUCUGUUCAAUGGCAGCGAAUCAUUUCGCACGGAUUCGGCCAGUCCCACAUGCACAUCCCAUGAAUCCAUGGAGGGAUCACAGGAUUACGAUGCCGUUGAAAAGGGUGAAAGUCCGCGCAGUAAUAAUUCUCAGGAUCCCAGGGAUUUGAGACAUCUGCAUAAUGUGGGGAAGGGAGGCGGACACCCGGCAAUGGCCACCUCCUCGGCCUCGGCCUCGGCAUCAGCAUCGGCAUCCAGCUCAUCCUCGUCCUCAUCCUGCUCGACCAGCAAUUCGGCCAUCAGCACGCCCACCAGCAGUGUGGCCGUCUCGAUGGCCACACAUCUGGCCGCCUCGCCCCAUCUGCAUCACACGCACUCGCUUACGCACUCGCAUCCGCACCAGCACCAGCACCAGCAUCAGCACUCGCAUCCCCAUCACGGCCACCAUGUGGGGGCGCCGCCGGGAUCGGUGGCAACGACACACCACCACAUGGCCCAUCCGCAUCCGUUGUCCCACCACCAUGCGGCUCAUCAUGCGGCGCUGGCCAGCCUGAGCAUGGCCGGUCUGCGGGCGGUGCCGGGCGGCCUGAGUCUGGUCAGCGGACUGCAGGCGGCGGCGGCCGGGGGGGCCAUACCCGACAUGUGUCCGGUGUGCGGCCUCAAGCUGAGCCCGGAGGAGUGGCACACGCACUUCCUCACGGAGCUGGACCGGCUCUACAAGCUGAGUGCGGGCUUCGAGCGGGCCAAUCUGCAGGCGACCUAUAUGUUUGCCCCUCCCUGUCCGGCCCAAGAGAACGCCAUACGCACCAGUCACAACCGCUGGGAGACAUUCCAGCGGAUACGUAACAAUCGCCAGAACCGCCUGAGACUCAAAGUGCGCAAGCGCAAGUACGGCGAGAUGUACAUGAUGGAGAGUCUCUACUGUAGCAGCUGUCCGAUCUGCAAGCGAAAGUAUGCCCUGGAAACGGGCAAGAUGCCCGAGGACGAUGCCAAGUCGCAGGAGGAGAUCGAAACGGUGGAUGUGGAGAGCUGCACCGAUGACGUGCCCGACUCGGGCUCGGAGCUGGCUGGCCCCGGGUCGGCCCUGGCCUCGGCCGGCGUCCCCACCAGCAUGCACAACAGCAAUGCCCAGCCGGGCAAGCUGGACGGGAUUCUGUACCGCACCGCCUGCGUCAUGAACCAGAAGGACGUGCACGCCGACGAGCAGGAUGUGAGCACCAAUGUGACAACAGCCAGCAGCAGCAGCAGCAGUUGGCCGACGGGCGAGCCGCCUCAGGCACAUAUCAGUGUGAAAAACGUCAGCGAGCUGUCAUCCACCACACAUCACCACUACUACAAUGCCGACUCCUGCGGCGUGGGCGUCAAUGACAACAACAGCAGCAGCGGCGGUGGCGGUGGCGGUGGCGGCAGCAACAACAACAACAACAAGGAGCUAAUGAUGGACACGGCAUCGUGCCAGAACGACAGCGAUGAGGAUGUGAUUGUGGAUGAUGAUGACAACAACACCGCCAUGAAGAUGACGAACGCGAAAAUGAAUUACAACAAAAUGCAGCAGCAGCGACGGCAGGAGGAGCAGAAUGUGGGGAGCAGCAGAUCUCUGGAGAACAUCUCGCCCAUCGAAGAGCGUCCCCGGUCGGAGCCGCAGGUUACCAGCACCGAUCCCGGACCCAUGGAUAUUUCCCACAACAACAACAACAACAACAGCAGCAAUAGCAACAACAACAACAACAAUCCAAACUCAAAAUAUGUGGAGAGCAUGGAGAACAGCCUGUCGCAGCUGUCAUCGAUGGGAGUGCCGGGAUUAACGCAAUUGGACACAAAGGUGGGAAUUAGUUCGGAUUUAAAACCGGACGAUGAAAACAAAUGUUUCAUUUGUAAGACAGGCAUAAAGGAUCUCAAUACGGAUGCGUUCCUGCGCGGUCGCAACUUCUAUUUUCAUCAAAGCUGUGCCAAUGUCAUGAGCAGCUAUCGCUUGAACAAGGAGCUGCUCAGCCAGGCCCAGAACCAGCAGCAGCAGCAGCAGCAGCAACAGCAGCAACAACAGCAACAGCAACAACAGCAGCAACAGAGAAGUGCUGCUGGCUCUGGGGGACAUGGAGGAGAGGCGGCGGCAGCAACGCCCCGCAGUUUGUCCCCGGCCCAGUCGCCGCAGCAGAGCGUGGGCCAGGCCAUGGAGUAGCGGAGGAGGUGUCAAAGGUCGAAUUGAUAAUUGCAAUCAAAGCGUGAAUUUAUUAAAAUUAAUUAAUAAAUAAAAUAUGUAUUGUGCGAGUAUUUGUGGUAGCUAAUGGGAACGUAGCAACAAAAUCGAGCAAAUGGGUGUUUAAUUGGCCAUUCCAUCCCAUCCUCCUGUGUUCGGGCCUGCUCUUUCCCUUCCCCCACCCCCCCCCCCCUUU